CCUCGUCGCAAAAGCUGGUCAGUUGACUGUUUAACGUUACGAGAGGAAAAUCUCUAUAUUCCCAACGAAAUAUAUAUUCGGCAGUCUCUUCGAACUGUUUUUUUGUUUGUUUUUUGUUUUGUUUUUUUUGUUUUUUUUUAACGUAACGCAAUUCAACGUAUCCGAUUACAGCCCCCGUCCCACAGAGUUUUUAAGUUCUACACACUCGUUACGCAAACUGUGCGCGAUCUGAUCGCGCGCGAGCGCGCUGUAUUUUUCUCGCAGCGUAUACGAGCGCGGAAGCGCGCGCUCGUUAUCGACAAACUUUGGAUAUCAUGACGCAAAAAGACGUGCUCUCCGCGCUCGGAAAUUCCACUGGACGUUGGAGCUUUGAUGUAAAACACACGUAGAGAAAUACGAGAGACGCAAAUCGAUGUCGCCCACGAUUUCGAUACUUUCCGCUCUGCUGCUCACGUUGAUGUUGGGAUCAGCGGAGUGCGGACAGAAGACGGAUCCUGUCGCGUUGUUGCGACGAACUCUCCGAUAUUGGUGGAAAAUAUACAAGACGUACGAGGAGGAGGUGGCACUGGGUUACUGUUGGGCGGACUAUUUGCUCGGGAUAAGCGACCGAUUGUCAGGGAAUCUAUCCGCGUCGUCGCUCGCCACGACGUUGGGAGACUGUUUCAACACGUCCAACGUCGUCGGGGUGACGAAAAGCCAGCAAAAUCCAUUUCCGCUGAACGUAAUGGUCGAUGCGACGACGACGACGACGACGACGACGACGGCGGCGGCGCUCGGAGAAACACGGAAGAAGCGACACUCGCAAGAGAAACGAUCUCGUGCGGCAGCAACGCGAGCUGUUGCUGUCCCGGAAGAAUUCAAACGCGAUCUUGACGAGCAACGGAUCAGAUUGAAAAUAAUUCGGAAGCAGAAGAGCGGAGAGAUGGAGAUAAUGAGCAGAGCCGGGCGCGUUCUACGAAGUGUCUCAAAGAAAGAAGCGAAAGAAGACAAAGUUAAUGAAGGGAAGAAGAUUAUAUCCGAGUCUUGGGCUGAGAAAAGACAACAAACACCGGCGACGAGAUCGAAAUUUUUUCACCGUAAGGAAGAAGACUCCGCGAACGAAAUACGCGAAUUUUCAUCUCGGCGUGGAACGAGCUUGCGCGCCAUUAAUUCGACGCCUAGUCCCGGGGAUAACGACGAAGUCGGUUUCGGAUCAACGCACCGCGAGAAGAAGGACACGCGUCGUAAAUUUUUACGUUCUCCGACGAGCGAUCGUGAUUCUUUCAUCGAGAGCGCUUUCGAGCGUUCAUUUUCUCUCGAGAUCGUUCGCAAAGAACGCGGGAGAUCGCUCGACGAUCAUCGGUUUCCCUUUCGAUGGUUCUUGUCGCCGCGAAGAGAAAACCCGAAGAUAGUCGACGGGUCGUUAUUUGAUCUCCGGACCUCGAGCAGUCGCGGAAUGACGAGAGAUCUUGCACGACGACGAGUUCUCUCGAACAAGAACGGAAGUCGCUCAGCGCGGCGGCGUUUACUCUUCCGGCUGGUAAGCGCGAACACGGAACGUCGCACGGUCGUAAAACCGAUGAAUUCUAAAGAAAAUUCAUCCUGCGAUCCGGUGAAACUGAUAAAUUCGAGAACAUCUCGGCGAGAGCGUGGAAAAUUAUCUCGCGAUUCGCUCCGUGAAAAAGAAAGAAGAUUCGUAGGCGCUGAGCGAUCUAUUCUCGAAUCUCGAGCAAGCGGAAGAAAAGCCGUUGAAAGGAUCGCGCUCUUCAAAACAACCGGAGGAAGCGAUACGAAAAAACAACGUUAUCCCCGAUCGAAGAAGGAAGAGGAAGGAUCACGGUCCGGAAAGGACGUUUCACCGGGAACGAUACAUCCGUUUCUUUCGUCGCGACUCGAACGAGAUUUGCGCCAACAAAUGCCGCACGAAAAUCGAGGAUCCUCUUUCGCCGUCCCGACGAUUUUCGAGGAUUCGAAACAGAACGGCACUACCGUACGUCGAGAAGACGCGGCUUUAUCAUCUCGCUAUGAACGGUUCGUGGACAACGGCGGUUACGAGAACUCGAUAAGUCAGACGGCUCGUAAUUUGAGACCAACCGCUCUGAAAGUUUCGCAAGAUCGAAAUGAACUGUCAAUAGUUCAGCAACCUUCGCUUUUGUCGAGCAUAUACUCGACCAUCGCCCCGGUUUUCAAAACACUCGGAAUGUUCGUUCAAGUCGGAAGGCAGAUCAUUGAUGUCGUUGAAUCGAACACGGCGCUCGCUUGCACGAGAGAGUAUUUGUGGACUAAACUCAUUAGAUGGAUAUUAUGAUGAUAAUGUUAAAAAAAAAAAAAAAAACUUAUUGUUCUUUACACAAAUUGUCAAAUAUUCGAGCUAUCCGAAUACGGAGUGUGGUCGACAAAAUAAAUUAUUCUACGAUUCGUUUUUUCCUCUUUGGAAAGAGAAAAACAUUUUUAUGCGAAAUAUCUAACAAAUACCUAUAGAAUUUUACUGCUUUGUCGUAUUAAUGCUAUAUAAAAAUUUCUAAGCUUGCGAGCGAGAGAAAUCUCUUUUCAAAAUCUCACCGAUUCGUAUAUUUUUCA